AAAAAAAUAUUUACUUUAAAUAUGUCAAACAUUUUAACUACAUCAAACGGUAAUCCUGUGGAAAACGAUCAAACAUCACAAACAGCCGGUGAAUGGGGUCCUGUGCUUAUCCAAGAUUUCCAUUUUAUUGAUAAAAUCUCUCAUUUUGAUCGUGAAAGAAUUCCUGAACGCGUAGUUCAUGCCAAAGGUGCUGGUGCUCAUGGUUAUUUCGAGGUGACACAUGAUACUACUCAUCUCACAAAGGCCAAGUUUCUAAACAAGGUUGGAAAAAAAACACCUCUUUUUGCAAGAUUUUCAACUGUAGGUGGUGAAAAAGGUAGUGCUGAUACUGCUCGUGAUCCUCGUGGAUUUGCUGUCAAGUUCUAUACGGAAGAAGGUAAUUGGGACAUGGUUGGCAACAAUACACCUGUAUUCUUUAUACGUGAUCCAUCCAAAUUUCCUGAUUUUAUUCAUACACAAAAACGUCAUCCUCAAACAAACCUCAAGGACGCAAAUAUGUUUUGGGAUUUUUUAUCACUGGUGCCAGAGUCUAUUCAUCAAGUCACCAUCCUCUUCUCCAACCGUGGUACUCCUUAUGGUUAUCGUCAUAUGAAUGGUUAUUCAUCCCACACAUUCUCCUUAGUCAAUGAAAAGAAUCAAGUGCAUUAUGUCAAAUUCCACUUCAAGACCGCGCAAGGAAUAAAAAAUCUCAAGGCAAACGAAGCUGAUGCAUUGGCCUCCUCCGAUCCUGAUUUUGCUACUCGAGAUUUAUUUGAUGCUAUUGAUAAAGGUGAUCAUCCCGCUUGGAACGUUUUUAUUCAAGUCAUGGAACAAAAGGAUGCAAAAUCAUACCGCUGGAACCCAUUUGAUGUUACCAAAGUCUGGCCCCACAAGGAUUAUCCUUUGCAACCUAUAGGAAGAAUGGUACUCAAUCGUAAUCCAGAAAAUUACUUUGCCGAAACUGAACAAGCAGCCUUCUCUCCUUCUCAUUUGGUCCCUGGUAUCGACGUCUCCCCUGAUCGAAUGUUGCAAGGUCGAUUAUUCUCUUAUCCCGAUACUCAUCGUCAUCGUCUUGGUGUUAAUUAUCAACAAAUUCCUAUCAAUCGACCUCUUAGUGGUAUAAAGAAUUAUCAACGAGAUGGAUUUAUGGCUGUGAACGGAAAUCAAGGAAGUGGACCGAAUUAUGGUCCCAAUUCAUUCGAUGGACCACAACAAAACAAUAUCUAUGGAACCACGUUUGUCAGUCAAGCACUCCAGGGUGAAACCGGUCGAUUUACUUAUGCACUGACGGAUGAUGAUUUUGCCCAGGCUGGUACCUUGUAUCGUCUUCAAUCCGAGGAAGAAAAGACAGAUUUGAUCAACAAUAUUGCUGGACACAUCAGUCAUGCGAAAAAAGAAAUCCGUGAUCGUCAAAUUGCUCAUUUCAAGCGUGCUGAUCCUGAAUAUGGUCAACGUGUGGAAGACGCUGUCAACAACUUGGUAGGAUAGAUUUAUUCCCCAUCUCCUAUUUUAUUUUUAUCGUUAGUAUCAUUUUUAUUAUUAUUAUUAUUUGAU